CUCUUGCGUACUGGUGCAAGGUCAUCCAUCAAUAGUCAGACUCAAGGAAGUUUGUCGGUUAACCUGGGCUGAUUAUCUACCCUGCAGCACAAUGACUCCAAGACGUCGCCGAUUCGAGUUCUCCUUCCGCAAGAGACAUAGCGGUCCCUCUACGUCCUCUUCGAGUAUCUCCCCAACAGUUCCUGUGCUCCAAUCGCCCAUGGCAUUCCAAGCACUCGGUGCGAGGACCAUCUCCGAGGCGACAUUGAAGCAGAAGAAUAAACUGGAUAGGGCACCUGUGAGGCCGUCCAUGUUUCUCGAGGAGAAGGACGACGAUGAGCAUGCGAUGUACCCCAUCAAGCCAGGUGUGCCUGCUGAUGUGAAGCCUACUCAUCUCGAACGCAAGAGUAUUGAGGGAGAGUCUGUGUUGCGUCCCAAAAGUCAAUAUUUCGAGGAGAUGUUCAAUAUCAGGGGUCUGGUGACCUCCCCGAGAACUCAGAUUACUCACGAAGCUGUGACCGUCGUUGAGGUCAAGAUCAAUACCCGGGUAAGCAUUCAACUGGACGAUGACACGCUGGCGUCGACGAUCUCAACAAGGAUGGCACAGAUUCUUGAAAAGCCCGAGGUCUUCAUUAUGACCACGAUUCAGCAAGGUGCUUGUGUUUACUUUGGGAACUCAAAUACGCCGGCGUACCUGAUGAAGGUGUUCGCAUUGCCGUUUCUCAUAGCGCCUAUAAUGAAUCUCCGAAGUACCAUCCUGAUUCAGAUGGAGCUCCAGAAGAUUCUAAACAUAGCGCCGAACCGCGGAGUCAUCUUAUACAUUCCGAUGCCAGAAGAGAACCUUGCAACCAACGGAGUGACUGUGAUGGGCCAAUUGGCAAAUCUGGAGCGUGGCACGGGGAUUUUUCGAACUAUUUCUCGGACCGUGAGCCGAAAGUUGAAAUCCGGUAGCACACAGAGUGCUCCGAUCUCUGUGGCGACAACAUCCUCGUGGAAUUUCAGUGAUAGGAAGUCGCCAGCAUCCAUGGCCGAGGAUCAGUCUCACGGAAGCGAGGCUUCUAAGGAGGGGAAGAAACUCAAGUUAAAGUCCAGGUCCAGGUCAACCACUAAGGCGAGAAGCUCUCUUUCUUCGGCAGUCCGAGGUGAGGAUGCAGGUCAACCUGAACCGGUGGAUAACGGUAAUUACCAGCAGUGA